AUGGUAGCUGAUGACUUAGGUUCAGAUGAUGUACUACUAAUGGUUAUCACUAAUUCAGACGACGAUUGCCCAAAAUUGUGGUAUCUUGACACAUGUUGUUCUAAUCAUAUGAAUGAAUAUAAGGAGUGGUUUGUAAGCAUUGAUAAGAAGGUGAAAAGAGAGAUCAAAUUUGCAGACAAUAUCACAAUGACAACUGAAGAUGUUGUCAAGGUACUGAUUCAAAAGAGAUAUGGCAAACAAUCGUUCAUUUGUGAUGUGUUGUAUGUGUCAAACAUGAAGAACAACCUGUUGAGUCUUGGACAAUUGCUGGAAAAAGGAUACUCUAUGAAGAUGGAAAAUGGGCAAGUGAAGAUGUUUGAUAGUUCAAAGAGGCUUGUCUUGAAGGCACCAUUGUCCAAGAACAGAACCUUCAAGAUUGAGAUUCAAAUCAGAGAGAAUCAAUGCUUGACUGCUGAAAUAAGAAGUGAAAAUUGGCUGUAG